AUGCGCCCGUGUUUGAAAUGCACCAUUUACGACUGCACGUUUUGGGGCGACCCCUUCGUGGCACGUUUUUCCACGUCCGUCCGGUUGGACAACCAUUCUCGUGCUCAUUGCAGCUGUAGCUUUGAAAAAGCCAACUGGAUCUUGCCAGACGCCAGCCUAAUGUUGUUUCCAAGCGUCAUCCACGACAAUCCGAAACCAAAUGCCAAUAUUCAAGAGUCAUGGAAAGAAAGACCAGAGAGAUCUGACGAAAAUCUCAGGUUUCAAAGGUUUCUAUUUCCAAAGCAGCACAAUUAG